ACAAUGCUGUUGCUGCUGGACUAAGGCUGGCUCCACUUCAGGGCAAAAUGUCAAGAACUUGGAUAAAGUAUAACAAACCCAAGGAACCCAAUGUGAUUCAUGCUGGGCUUCUUCUUGCUUUGGGAUUGCAUGGAUUUCUGCGCGUUUUAAUCAUUACUGACUUGUACCAGUACUUUUCAGAGGAGCAUGAAAGCACAACUGUUGGAUUAAUGCUUGGCCUUGCAGCUUCUUAUAGGGGGACGAUGCAACCUGCAAUAUCUAAGUCUCUUUUUGUACAUAUUCCUGCUCGUCAUCCAUCUUCCUAUACUGAUUUGGAGUUACCAACACUGAUACAGUCUGCAGCACUAAUGUCAGUCGGGCUUCUUUUUGAAGGAACAGCACACCCACAAACAAUGCAGUUGCUUUUGGAUGAAAUAGGACGUAGAAGUGGGGGAGAUAAUGUACUUGAAAGGGAGGGUUAUGCUGUUUCUGCAGGGUUCUCAUUGGGUCUUGUUGCAUUAGGCCGAGGAGAUGAUGCCCUGGGAUUCAUGGACACUCUGGUUGAUCGGCUUUUCCACUAUAUUGGUGGCAAGGAAAUUCAUAAUGAAAGAUCCCUCCCACCAAUACCAUCCAUGGAUGAACACAACCGUGGUGCUGGACAGAUGAUGGAUGGAACCAAGGUCAAUAUUGAUGUCACCGCACCUGGAGCUAUAAUUGCACUUGCUUUGAUGUUUAUGAAGAGCGAAUCUGAGAUGAUAGUGUCUAGGCUUACAAUUCCUCAAACAAAUUUUGAAUUGCAAUAUGUGAGGCCUGAUUUCAUAUUGCUUCGAGUCAUUGCUCGAAAUUUGAUAAUGUGGAGCAGGAUCCAUCCCACCAAAGAUUGGAUUGAGUCCCAAAUUCCUGAUGUUGUCAAAAAUGGUCUCAAAGGACUUAGAGAUGAUAGUAUUGACAUUGAUGAAAUGGAUGCAGAAGCCUAUGUGCAGGCAUAUGUCAAUAUGGUGGCGGGGGCAUGUUUAUCUCUUGGGUUGAGAUUUGCUGGUUCAAAGGAUGGGAAUGCACAGGAGCUACUUUAUGAAUAUGCUGUCUAUUUCCUUAAUGAGAUCAAGCCUGUUUCUGCUUUACGUGGAAAUACUUUUCCAAGAGGACUAUCCCAGUAUGUUGAUAGGGGCACUUUAGAGAUAUGCCUUCACCUAAUUGUUCUUUCUCUUUCUGUGGUAAAUAAAGUUGGUUAUUUGAUUUUUUUUUUUUUUUUGAGCAAAAUAUGGGCUAUGUCAAAGGCCCAAGAAUCUCAAUGAAUCCAAAACACAAACUAUAUAUCUGCACAAACCCAAUCCCAGAUUUUCAAUUCUAUUUUAAAAUUAAAAUAAAUAAAUAAAUAAUCUUCGACCCUAACUCUCAAAUCACACAGAACCCUGGAAAACCAAAGAUGGCAGCGGCGGAAGAGAAGUUGAUUCUUUACCGGCGGGAUGGCAAUCGAGAGGAGACAGUAUUUCACUGGUGGAGCAGGUCUUGUUCGCCGUCCGUCACACAUGAUGAACCUGAACUCUCUGAAUAUUUUGGUGUAGGAGGAGCCGGAAGCAGAGACGUUUAGAUGCGGUAACGAUCAAGUGGGUCUUUGAGGGGAAGGCGUUGGUGAUAAACCCUCCAUGCAUAGUCCUCCAAGGGAAAUGAAUUGAACAUUUUCUUCUGUGUGUUCCCAUUAAUUUGAUCAUCAUCUUCUUCUUCCUCCACAUUUUCCUUAGGAAGAAGAGGAGAGAUCCUACAGUCCUUACGCAGCGUCACCUGUAGAGACAUUGAUAUGCACCGGCUGGAUUUGCUUUCUACUUCCCCCAAACAUGCCACUGGUCUUCCUCUCACUUUCUUCAGCUUCCCAUUGCUCCAGACCUAUCAUUUUUUUUUUGUUCAUAACAACCAUAAAUUUGAGAAAAACCCAUCAUCCAUCCGAUGUAAAAAUACAAAAAAAUUAGUCUCUCCAUUCAAUGAAAUAUUGAAUCGUAUCAAAUGUAAAGCCUUGAUUGGUGUAACCGGUAUGGAACAUUAAGAAUAACUAAUAACAACUAUC